UUAUCUGUCGUAAACAAGAACUGGAUUUCUGCUUGCAGAAACAAAACAGCAGAAAACUUGAUUCCUGAAAUUGUUUCUCUGUGAAAAAAGAAGAAGACAGAAACUGAGAGAGAAGAUCGAAACGCGGAAACAGGAAGACGCAGACGAAGACACAAAGUGGAGAGAGAGAGAGAGAGGGGUGAUUGGGUAUGGAGAUACUGUGGACAUGGCUGCUGAGUUUCUUCUUCAUUCUAACUUUGUUAUGCAUUCUGGGUUAUCAGCUUGUGUGCUUGGUGGACCUCGAGUACGACUACAUUAACCCAUAUGAUUCAUCAUCUCGGAUAAACAGUGUCAUUUUGCCAGAAUUUAUUGUUCAAGGAGUUUUGUGCUUCAUUCUUCUUAUAGCGCAACAUUGGUUCAUGCUUUUCAUGGCUCUGCCGCACCUUUAUUAUAAUGUCAAUUUGUACAUGACGAGACGGCACUUGGUAGAUACUGAGAUCUAUAACCGACUGAGCUGGGAGAAAAAGCAACGCUUUUUUAAGAUUGGCUAUCUUUUGGCCCUAUUCAUUCUUUCUUUAUUCUGGCAUUGUUUUCAACUCCCUUAAUAAAUUGUUAUUGGCUCUUUUGAAGCACUGGCGUGAAAUUACAUUUUCCUUUCCUGUAAAUGUGAUUUAGGUUGCUAUGGAGCAUUGGAGACGAAUACGAUUAACCAGACAUCAUUGCUCCCACCAAGCUUUGCCCAUCGUUUUUAUGAUGGAGCCGGAGACGGACACUCGUGGAUAUAAAAUCAUGACUUAGAACAUAAUUCGUGAAUAAAGCAGGGAAUUGGAAGCUUAAAUUAGAGAAACUCAAAGAAUUAUCGAAUGGGAUGUGACUGAUGGGCUGGAGCAAAGAAUGGAACAAUACAUCAUAUAGGAAAUUGGAUCAUUAAAGCAAGCCCAAUAAAAUUAGGCGGUGCAAGCAUGCGGUGAUGUGUUUUCCCAAAAAGAAUUGGGUUUGAGAGUCCAAACGGCAUGUGGAUUAGGCAACCAAAAGGAAAGGCAUAGAAGAAAAAGGUUUUUAGCAGCCGCAAGGGGGGGAGAUAAUACGAUACUCCAGCCUUCCAGUGGGGGUACUCUUGACAGAAGGUGAAUGCUUGGUACUCGUUCGUCGGAUUGUGUAUUACUUGAGUUUGAACCAGAAAUUGAGAAAAGACUCCGUGAAAUCCGAAGAGACCAAAGAGAAGUCGGUGAGAAAGAACAGCAGCACGAGAGCAAGAUGGCGUUAGUUCAGAAUGAAACGAUGGGAGAUCUUGAUAUUCCAACCAUUCUGGAAUCACCGUCGAGCAUAGCUCUUCCUGCAGCUGCAAGGAAUUAUGAAUUGAAGACUAUCCACUUUAAUAUGAUGCCUUCUUUUCAUGGCAUGAGCAUUGAAGAUCCAUUGGCACAUAUUAGAGAUAUCUUCAAUAUGGUGUCCAACAUGGCAUUGGUAGAAGGAGUCACCGAGGAACAUCUCAGGAUGAAGGUCUUUCCAUACACUAUGAAAGACCAAGCGAAGACUUGGUUGAAUUCUUUGAGGCCUAGAACCUUGACGAGUUGGAACGAUAUUCAGAAUAAAUUUUUGGAGAAAUUCUUCUCGACCCAGAAGACCGAUACCCUUAGAGAUAAUAUCAUGCAAUUCACUCAACAGGCAGAUGAGACGUUUUCUGAGGCAUGGGAGAGAUUUAAUAAUUUGUUGAUUCAGUGUCCGCACCAUGGUUUGCCUACUCUAGUUCUCAUGCGGAUAUUUUAUAAAGGAUUAACAGUUUCAAGCAAAGCUGCAGUGAACAACUAUGCAGGGGGAUCAAUUAAGAACAAGACGCCAGCCGAAUGUCAAGCACUUUUUGAUACUCUAGCACUCGAAACACAACAUUCUGAAGCAAGAGGAAGACGAGCAGGAGUUUUUGAGAUUAAUAAUUCUACCGAAUUUGCUUCAAAGGCACAAGUCGAUGCGAUUGCUAGUAAACUUGACACUUUGCUUUCUAUGAAUGGGAGAGCAUCAGUUCAAGAGGUUUGUUCCAUAUGUGCAGUUCCUGGUCAUGCCACAGUUGGUUGUCCGUAUAGUGUUGAUUUUCCAGAAUUUGUUCAAGAGCAAGCGAACAUGGUGAGUGCUUACAGACGUCCUGGUAAUGAUCCAUACUCCAAUACUUAUAAUCAAGGAUGGAGAAACUAUCCAAAUCUCUCAUGGGUUAAUAAUCAGAAUGUACAAAAGCCACCAUCUGGUUUCCAACCUCAAGAGAAGAAGAAUAAUUUGGAAGAUGUCAUUGCACAGCUUGCUGGUAACGUGAAUACUCUUUCUGUCAAUACAAAUCAAUUUAUGAGCAAAACUGAGACAACUCUUCAGAACCAGGCUGCCUCAAUAAAAAAUUUGGAGAUUCAAAUGGGGCAGUUAGCUCAUUCUUUGGCAGUUAGAGAAAAAGGUUCUUUUCCAAGCCAAACUGAAGUUAAUCCGAGAAACCAUGAGCAAGCUAAAGCAAUAACUCUUCGAAGAGGGAAACAAGUGAAAACAGCAGCUGAUUUUGAGAAAAACAAUGAGGAAGAAAAGGUAGAAACCAUUUCACAAGAGGAGCAGCCACUGUCCGAUGUUGUACAGCCACUAGCUAUACUGGGAACCACCUCAAAAGCUUCACCACAAUCAGUCAUUGCAGCCACGCCACUCCCUAAGCCUGUUGUCCAACCCGUGAAGCCAUAUGUGCCUCCUAUUCGUUUUCCUCAACGGCUCAAGAAGAAUAUGUUAGAUGAGAAGUAUUUCAAAUUCUUAGAGAUGUUUAAGAAAUUGGAGAUUAAUAUUCCAUUUGCUGAUGCUUUGGAGCAGAUGCCAAAUUAUGCUAAAUUCAUGAAGGAUAUCAUCUCAAAGAAAAGGAAAUUUGGCGAUCAUGAGAAGAUUCAAUUGACAGAAGAAUGCAGUGCAAUCCUUAAAAGAAAGCUUCCGCUCAAGCAAAAAGAUAGAGGGAGUUUCAAAAUUCCAUGCGUUAUUGGCACUAAUUUAUUUGAAAAAGCAUUAUGUGAUUUGGGGUCUAGUAUUAAUUUAUUACCUUUAUCGGUUGCUAAGAACAUUGGAAUAGGUGAAAUUAAACCCACUACUGUUUCUUUGCAGAUGGCGGAUAGAUCAAUUGCAUAUCCAGAGGGAAUUAUCGAAGAUGUGUUAGUGAAGGUUGACAAGCUGAUUUUUCCAGCAGAUUUCUUGGUGUUGGAUAUGGAAGAAGAUUAUGAGACUCAGUUGAUUUUGGGUUGGCCAUUUCUUAUCACAGCUAGGACUUUAAUUGAUCACAGCUAG